ACACUUCUGACCGGUCAACAAAUUGGUCAAAAUGUGGUCACCUCUUGUCUUCUGUCUAUUCGUUGGACUUAUUUCCGCCUCCUCUUCUCCGGCUUGGAAAGACAAAAAGGAGUAUGUGUACAAAAUAUCUGGACGUACCCUUGCCAGUCUCGACUUGGCCAAUGAAUUCUCUGGAAUCUUAAUGAAAGCUUCACUGAAGAUUCAACCAAGGCCUGAUGGAAAAUUACAAUGUCAAUUGGUUAAUCCUCAAUAUGCUCAAAUUCAUUCUGAGCUCUCUGAGGGUCCUAUGACUUACAUUCCAAGCGCUGAAGUUAGCUGGAAGCCUUUGGAUAUGUCUAAGAAACCUUUCCAAGUUGAAAUUCAACAUGGUGGGAUAACCGAUGUUAUUGUUAACCAAGGUGUUCGUAACUGGGAAGCUAAUAUUAUUAAAGGUAUUAUGAGUCAGUUCCAAAUGAACCUCAACAAAGCCUCUGCUUCUAAAAAUGACGACCGCUCUGAUUCUGCUAUGUUUAGACUCAUGGAAGAAACCGUAAGCGGUAACACCGAAACUUUGUAUGAAAUCAACCCAAUACCUGCACAUUUGCUUGUCAACUCAGGCAUUGUACCUGAUUUUCAAGAAAUAAAAGAAGAUGGUAACCAAAUCUUAGAAGUUGUAAAACACAAAAACUAUAGCAAUAGUGCUGAAUCCCCAGCAUUUAUUUAUGGAUUAGGAAACGUUGACGAAAACAUCCCAGCUGCUAACACCAUGGGUAAAUUCUUCGUAAGAAACACAAUGACAAGAGCUUUAGUUACAGGAAACCUUAGACAAUUCACUAUUCAGAAUUCUUUCACACUUAACGAGAUCUCAGUCAAUCCAACUCUUUCUGAUCAACAACAAGGAUCUGUAUUUAGUAUGUUCAAUGCUACCUUAGAACAAAUAAAUCAACAAGGUCAAAUCAUGGAAGAUGUAACUAAACCUGUUCGUUUAGGAGGUCUUGUCUAUGCUUAUGGAAAACCAUUCUCCCGUUCUGAUGAAACCGAAAUUGUUGAGAAACCGUCAGCUACUCGCCAAUGGCUCUCAUUGCCAAAACUCCACUUUCUGCGUUUUGGUGCUGGUGCAAGUUUCGACGCUGAGGAGUUUAACUUCGAAGAUUACCAACAAGAAGCUCCUCAAAUCAAUAAAGCCGCUGAAAAUCCUUUCUUACCCUAUACCAUUGGAAACAGAGGUAAAUCAGUAAAGCUUGAGGCUGACAUUCCUAGCGCAAUUGUAAAUUUGGCCAAGGAAAUCAGCACUGACUUACAAGACCCCAACAAGUCUCUCCAAGAAAACACUCUUGCUAAAUUUGUUAAUAUGAUCAAAUUGAUCCGCAUCUUGGAUGAAGAAGAGUUAAGAAAAGUCACAAAAGGUUUGUCCUCUGAUCGUCAAGACCCCUCACAACGAGCUGCUUGGGAAGUUUUACGUGAUGCACUAGCUGAGUCUGGAAGUCACCCUGCUUUGCUAAUCCUUGAAAGCUGGAUUGAAUCCAAGAUUAUUGCCAGACAAGAAGCUGCUCACGUUAUCGCUUCAUUCGCUAACUCUGUUCAACACCCUACUACACAUUUCAUGAAAGUUUUCUUUGAAUUGAUUAAGAAACCAAUUGUUACUUCUCAAUGGCCAUUAAACGAAACAGCCAUGCAAAGUUUCACUGAACUUAUCCGGCAAGUAUAUGUCGACGAUAGUUAUUAUAAGACAAACUUCCCAACAAAGAGUUUCAAGAACUUAAGAGAUAAAGAAGGAUUUAAGUUUGUUAAAGAAGUUGUAAUUCCAUACUUCCGUCGAUCUCUAGAUAAGGCUAUUGCUCAAAACGAACCAAACAAAAUACACGCCAACAUUCGUGCUUUGGGAUACAUUGGUGUUCCAGAAAUUCUUCAAGCAUUUGAGCCUUACUUGGAAGGUAAAAAGCAAUGUUCUCAAUUCCAAAGAGCUUUAAUGGUUGUUUCCAUGGAUAAAUUAGUCAAGACUUAUCCAGAAGUUGCUCGUAUCGUUCUCUUUAGAAUUUACCAGAAUUCCGCUGAAACUCAAUCAGUCAGGACUGCCGCUGUUUUCCAAUUGAUGCGCGCUCAACCCACCAGAGAAAUGCUCCAACUUAUGGCAGCUUACACCAAAGUUGACACUCAAGAACAAGUCAAUGCAGCUGUUAAGAGUUCAAUCCAAAACGCUGCAGCUUUAAAGACUGGGGAAUUCGGAGAUUUGCAAUAUGCAGCAGAGAUGGCCGAGCCUCUUCUGACCGAAAAAUCUUACGGAGUUCACCAAGCAGCAAAUUAUAUCAAGAAUUAUUUCGCAAACCAACUUGGUCUCCAGUACAAACAAACUGUGCAAAUGUACGGAAACAGCGAAAGAUUCUACCCUCUUGGAAUGAAAUACGCUUUGAGGUCCAACAAUGGUGGUAUAAGAAAUCAAAGAAUAAAUAUUCACGCUUUAUUGUCCAGCGUUGAACAACUUAAACAGGUAUUAGGAGAACUAGGUCAAGGUUACCAACAAGAAACAGAUAGACAGAACCAAAGGUCAGAUAAACAGCAACAAAACCCUCUGUCCAGCCAAAGUAUUGCACGCCUUCUUGACAUGAAAGCCGAAGCUCGUGAACAACUUGAAGGAAGCGUGUUCUUAAUGGAUUUCAACUCCCCAUACAAAAUGUUUUCGUUCAGUAAUCUUACUGCUCAACAACUUCCAGCAGCCCUUGAACGUUUAGAAAAAGAACUGAACACUGAACGAGAAAUGAACUACGUCAAACUGAUAAACGGAGACGACGUUAUCGUAGCCAUUCCAACUGAAAUGGGUCUACCUUUCGUAUUCAACUAUGAUGCACCAAUGUUCUUUAGAGUAGCUGGUAAGAUAAGAGCUGCUGCUCAGCCACAAAUGUCACAAAAUGGAAAGAUCCAAACACCAGACUUGAUUAAAAUCAAAUCCGAACUCGGUAUUACUAUUGGCAGAAAAGUUCAAGGUCAUAUUUCGUUUGUAACACCAUUUGACCGUCAACAGUACUAUUCAGGAUUUGAUAAAAUGAUGCAGGUGCAUGUACCCGUCAGUGGAACUUUUGAACUUAAUCUAAAAGAAAACGAGAUGAAACUCAACAUCGAACCUAAAGAAAUCCACAGGAAUGCUCCUUUGAUUCACUACAGUACCUGGCCUUACACGUCCAGAAGAAACAUUAUGGAUUUCAGAACAUUAAUUGCUCAAAAGCAUAGUCAAUAUAUCAAACCAAACAAUCUCCGUGUCGUUGAUACUGUUGUUGGCAAGAAAGAACCUGGUUUGGCCUUCCACGUCCAAAUGGCACACGACAAAAAUACUUUGAAAAUGUCUGAUAUGCAAUUCUUCUACAAUAGGGGCAUGGCAGGAGUUUUAGAUGGUUUAAGAAACCUGUGGAAUGACGCUGACAUCCAAUAUAGUGAACUCAAUAUUACAUACUUACCUGAGCAAUCUUCCGUAAACAAAAUCCAAGUUCAGUUAGGAUACGAUGAACGUUACAGUAAAAAAGGCGAAAACCAACCUCUUAGUUGGCAGCAAAUAGCUCAAGCUUCCAAGUCAUCUGAAAGAAGAGAACAUUUGUUAAAGGGAGCCGCUUCUGAGAUUAAGAACGUUCAAGCUCAAGUAGUUGAUGCUUCAGUUACAUUCCAAGGUGCAAAACAAGUCAAAUACGUUGUUUCUGGGGCCAUCGCAAGCAGCAACGUCGAUCCAAAAUCUCGCGUAUACGCCUACUAUAAAUACGACAAUGAAAAUGGAAAACCAACUGAGAUAAAAUUAGAAGCAGUCAACAAAGUUGGAAACACAAAUUCCUUGAAUCUGCAAGAUGCUUUUAAAAUUGAACCUAGAGCGCAAUCCGAAGUAGACGUAACAUUCCAUUCAGUAAAUGACAAAAGCGGUUACAUCAAAGCAGACCUUAGAGCAUCUAGAAGUGACAAACGUAAGGAAUAUUUGAAAGAACAGCCAAUGUACGAACAGUGUCAACGUGACAUGAGAGUAGGAAACAACCAGUCACCAGCUUGUGUCAACAUGACUACUGAAGCUCAUUUCUUAGACAAAAUUGACAUGGAUCUGAAAUAUGAUAAUGUGGAUCCUACCGUUCAAGAUGCUAUUGAGAUUUUGUUCGAUCAUUACAAAUUCAAAUAUUACCCAAGUAUUGAAAUCAACCGUAGACAAUCCCAACCUAAGGGCCACAUCAAGGUACAAGCUCGCGUAAACGAAGAUUUAGAAUCAGCCAACAUUUCUGUCGCCACUCGCAGAGAAGAAACUACUUUUAGAGACAUUGAACUCAGCGAGUACGCUAAGGUGUUAAUACCUCACCCAUCAUACUCACUUUCAAGACGCGCAAUGGCCAAAGUUUUGGAAAUUGAUACCAUUACUCCUGUGUGUGUUAUCGACCAAACACAAAUUACCACCUUCAGCAACUGGACUUACGCGGCAUCCAUCUCAAAAGAAUGGACUUUAGUUGCACAAUUACUUCCUCGUCGGUCUAAUGAACGUCAAGUUUUCUCCGUUGAAAAGCAGUUAAAAUCACAGACCCACAACUUGGUAGUUUUGGUUCGUGAUUCCAAAGAAUCAUCAAAGGGCAAAGAUGUUAAAAUACUUCUGAGCAACCCCGAAACUAACUUCGAAAUAGUUGAAAUUACUUUGAAACCUGAUGAACAACAGCGAACACAAGCUAAGGGAAGUGUAACUAUCAAUGGAAAACAAGUAGAAAUCAGUGUAGGUGAUAGUCAAGAUGUUAGCAAUGGUCUUAUUCAAGUAUUCGCCCUUCUUAAUGGAGAAGUUAAGGUUAAAGUACAAAACAGUUUCGAUUUGAUUUAUGAUGGAGAUCGUGUGAAACUUGAAGCCACCUCUGACAUGCUUAGAGGUGCCACAAGAGGUAUCUGCGGUCAAUUUAAUGACCAACAAAACGAGGAUUCCUUAACACCCCAAAACUGUUAUUCCAGCAACCCCAAAAAGUUCGUACAAAGCUACGAAAUUGAAGGGCAAGCAGGACAACAAGUGAGACAAAAAUUCUCCAGAAAAUCUGAUGAAUGUGUAGAUAGAACUAUGCCACUCUACAUUAAUGUUAUUAGACAAGUAGAUACCAAAGACUGGAAAGAUGCAGAAGAAUCAACAGAAAACGAAUGCACCCAACAUCAAACCAGAUAUGUAGAACAAGAUGGAGAAAUUUGCUUCACUACCAAAGUUGUACCCACUUGCAAGAACCGCUGCCAAGCUCAAGGUUACAUCACCAAGAAGGUUCCUGCCCAUUGUAUAAAAAAUACCGUUGUAGCUAAAUUAUGGAAAAAACAAAUCGAUAAUGGAGGAAGCCCUGACUUCAGUCACAAACAAGAAGACAAGAAGGUUCAAUUGGAAAUUCCCCAAUCUUGUUCUGCAUAAAAACAUGUUAGAUAACAUAUGUAACAAAUGUGUAAAAUAUAACAAAUAAAUUUGCAAUUGAU